AUGUGUAUGGGAGGUAGUGCAGAUGUGGGUGCCCAAAAAUCUCGAGAGAUCGAGAAACUCAUCCGUCAAGAUGAGAAAAGAAUGUCAAAGGAGGUCAAACUGUUACUUUUAGGUGCUGGCGAGAGCGGAAAAUCAACGAUACUGAAGCAGAUGAAAUUGAUCCAUGCUUCCGGAUUCUCGAAAAGCGAUCGGGAAGACUACCGUGUCAUUAUAUUUUCGAACCUUCUCAACUCAUUUAAGAUAAUACUGGAGGCAAUGGAGGCAUAUAAUCUUACAUUCGUAAAUAAAGAGAACGAAUCUUACGUUGAGCUAGUGAUAAUGGAACGAGAAUUGGCCCGCGGCGAGAGCUUUCCAAAGGAAUAUCAAACUGCAUUCCGUAGUUUAUGGAUGGAUCCCGGGGUUCGAAGUACUGUUAGCAGGGGAAAUGAGUACGCCUUGCACGAUAAUUUGACCUACUUUUUCGAAAGUCUUGACCGAUUAUUUAUGUCGAAUUACACCCCCACAGAUCAAGACAUUCUACGUUCACGAUUAAAGACCACUGGUAUCACAGAAACCGUCUUCGAUUUGGGGGCAUUGACAUACCGGAUGUUCGAUGUUGGUGGCCAGAGAUCGGAGCGAAAAAAAUGGAUCCACUGCUUUGAAAAGGUCACGGCACUGUUGUUUUUGGUAGCUAUCAGUGGUUACGAUCAGUGUUUGGUGGAGGAUAAAGACGCCAACCAAAUGCAAGAGGCGCUGAUGCUUUUUGAAAGCAUUUCCAACUCGCAAUGGUUUAUCCACACCUCAAUUAUUCUAUUUCUUAACAAGAUCGAUCUUUUUAAAGAAAAACUACCUACAAGCCCAGUACGCAAGUACUUCCCGGACUACACUGGCGAUCCAAGAUCGUACAAACACGCGUCUCAAUACUUCGAAGAGAACUUUAAAAGAUUAAACCGAAGUCCCGCAAAGGAGAUCUAUGUUCACUUCACAAACGCUACCGAUACCAAUCUUCUCAAGAUCACCAUGUCAAGUGUACAGGACAUGAUCCUGCAAAAGAAUCUACAAACUUUGGUAUUAUAG